ACUUCCCCCCAAUCAUCAUCACCAUCUUCCUCAACUCUCUCUCUCUCUCUCUCUCUCUCUCUCGCACAAAAACCUCUCGCUUUCUCUGCGACUGGUUGAAUUUCGCGUGUGGUGUUGCAUUGCAUCGGAGGAGGAGGAGGAGGAAGCGACGCAAUGGCAAAGGGCGGACUGAGCAAGCUGCGGUGCAUGAUCAGGAGGUGGCACUCGUCCGGCCGCAUCUCCCGCGUGCCGUCGCCCGGCGAGGAGGACGGCGCCGCCGGAGACGGGCGCGCGGCGUCGUUCCACGGCGCGGACGAGGUGCCCAAGGGCCUGCACCCGGUCUACGUCGGCAAGUCGCGCCGCCGGUACCUCAUCGCCGAGGAGCUCGUGGGCCACCCGCUGUUCCAGACCCUCGUCGACCGCUCCGGCGGCGCCGGCACCGUCGUCGGCUGCGAGGUCGUCCUCUUCGAGCACAUGCUCUGGAUGCUGGAGAACGCCGACCCGCAGCCGGAGUCCCUCGACGAGCUCGUCGAGUACUACGCGUGCUGAGAGGCCCCAGCCAUGACGGCCGUGCGCCGGCGCGCCGGCGUUGGAAGCCUCUAGAAGCUGCGGUAAAAUCUAUCCGGCAAUCUCAAAUUCCCAAUCCGUGUCUUUCGAGUAGGCGUAGAGUCGUGAUAAACACCAAACGCCGUGGUGAAGUAAAAUCAGCAACACCAGAGUUGCGAUUUGCUUCGCUGCUCGGCGUCGGUGCUAAUCGAAGAGCAAUUACCGAUUUACUGCAAACGCUGCUCUUUGGGCGCCGUUGAUUCCAUUCUCUGUAAUUACUUCGUGUAAUAGAGAUUUGCAGCUUUAUUUUGUUUCCUCAAUAAGAUCUGUGGACAAAUGUAUCCAUGUA